UUUAUUUAUUUGAUUUGGAUCCCGCCCUUCUUCCCAGUAGGAGCCCAGGGCAGCAAGUUGGACCGAGGGGUCCAAUUUGGCCUGUGAAGCCACUUUCUCCAAACCACACCCACCUAUCAAUCAGCUGAUGUCACUGGGCGACAUCACUGGGGGCAGGGUUUCAAUCCUGCUGGGUUUGCCUGUGGGGAACAUGCUCGCAAAGCAGAUCCCUGCAGAGAGCAGGACAAACGUCUCUGAUCAUCAGCUGGUGGAGGCAAAGCCCGGAGACCUUAUAGAGAUUUCCCGCUUGGGAUACCAGCACUGGGCCAUCUAUGUGGGCUCUGGUUACGUGAUCCACCUGGCUCCUUCAGCCGACGCAUGCCAGCCCAGCAUUUCCAGCCUCAUGUGUGUCAUGUCCGGAAAAGGAGUGGUGAAGAAGGAACUCCUGUGGAGCAUAGUCGGGGGCGAUGUCUGUCGAGUCAACAACAAAUAUGACCGGAAAUACAAGCCGUUCCCUGCGAGCAAGAUUGUCCGGAACGCAGAGUCACUCUUGGGCAAAGAAAUGUGCUACAGCUUCGCCAGCGAGAACUGUGAACAUUUUGCCACCAGGCUGCGGUACGGCAUAGCUAAGAGUGACCAGGUGAGAGACACCUUGGUCGCCGGCACAGUGGGGCUACUGGGCGUCGGGGUUUUGGCAGCAAUGGCUACGGUGGCCACCAGCUUCUUGUCCAGAAAACACAGAGAAGAAUAAAUUGUUUCAUGCAUCCUUCUGCCGCCAUGACUGGAAAUCCUCUACUAUUUCAACCUUAGCCUCUCUUUCCUACCCUGUUUCAAAUUCUGAAAAAAGCACAGUCAAGAAGAUGAAGGAGCUGUUUUUAAUUCUCAUUUUUAAAGCAAGAUGGUGCACGCUGAUGGUUAGAUGCUUUCUUUUGAUGGUCUGUGAUUACCCUGGGAACGUUUUCAAGGACUUCUCGUAGAGCAAGGGAACCUUUGCCCUCCAUAUGUUACUGAACUGCAGCUCCAGUGAGCCCCAGCAGGCUUGGCCAAUGGCCAGGGUUGAUGGGAAUUGUAGCCAGUGACAGCUGGUGCCCAUUGGGACUGGUGGGGGGGAAGGCAGGGAGCCCAACAGUAGGUGGCGCCAGAGCCAAUGACAGGCUCUGGAGCCAAUGAAUUCUAUUUUUUUCCCCAUCCUCUUCCCUGCUGAGUUCCACAAGGGCAACACUGAGACUAAGGAGGAGGAAACUGACAGGCAGUGUCACCUCCUGAGGCCGGGGGGGGGGCUGGCUGAGGGUAGGCUGAGGUUGGUGGGGCACUGCUGCACAUACCCUAAUGGACCAACCUCCACUGGCUGUAGUGAGAACUUGGAAAAGUUACUUUUUUGAACUACAACUCCCAUCAGCCCAAUCCAGUGGCCAUGCUGGCUGAGGCUGAUGGGAGUUGUAGUUCAAAAAAGUAACUUUCCCAAGCUCUGGCUAUAGUUCAGCAACAUCUAGAGGGCCAAAGGUUCCUCACACCUGUUUUAGAACCAAACUCUUUCCAACCCCACCCUUGCAGUUCUAGGUUUUUUUUGGGAGGGGGUUGUGUGUGCGUGUGUGGCAUGGGGCAAAAUGCCCUUCCUCAGUGGGCUGGCUUCUUCCUCAUGGUUGCUCUUCCUCUUGGCCUAAUCCCACCCCCAGAAAGAAUCAAGCAGUGCAACGUGUGGGACGUAUUCCUUGAAGGGGUAGAAACAUGAGUGUGUUGGUGUGUGAGUGUUUUAUGCCAGAAAUUAAGUGUGAAAAUUAACAAGGACUUGAAGUGUGGGUGUGGAAGAGGGGGUCGACCAUAGAAACCAGCCAGCACACUUUGCUCAUCAAAGGAGGACUUUACUCCUUGUUUCGCAAGCAUUUGAGGUGUGGCUGGUGGGCAGGAGUGACGAAGCCUGCUCCACGUUGGCACCCAAUCUGCGGAACUCUCUGCUGCAGGAGAUUUGGCCAGCCUACCUUUCUGUGGCAUCGAUAUGAACCCACCCGUACACUACAUUCAAGAUCAAAGGCCCUCCUCCGGGUGCCUACUCCAAGGGAAGCUCAGAGGGUAGCAACAAGGGAGAGGGCCUUCUCAGUGGUGGCCCCCAAAUUAUGGAAUGAUGUCUUUGACGAGGUGUGCCUGGCGCCAACACUGUUAUUUUUACGGUGCCAGGUCAACACUUUCCUCUUCUCCCAGGCAUUUUAGCAUAUGUUUUAAAUUGUUUUCAUAUUGUUUUAAAUUUUAAAAUUGUGUUUUAAAUUGUUUUUUAAAUAUGUGUUUUAAAUUGUAUAUUUGUUUUAAUGUUUUUGAUUGCUGUAAACCACCCAGAGAGCUUCGGCUACGGGGCGGUAUACAAGUGCAAUCAAUCAAUCAAUCAAUCAAUCAAUCAAUCAAUCAAUCAAUCAAUUAGUCACAUCCACACCAUACCUUUAAAGCACUUUUAUACCACUUGAACAGUCACGGCUUCCCUCAAAGAAUCCUGGGAACUGUAGUUUGUUAAGGAUGCUGCUAGGAGAUCCUCCACAGAGGUACAAUUCCCAGCACCCUUAGCAAACUACAGUUCCCAGGAUUCUUUGGGGUUGCCAUGAUUGUUACAGUGAUGUCAGGGUGCUUUAAAUGGAUGGUGCAGAUGUCACAAAAAACCCUGUUUAGACAUCCCUUUCUAAAGUGCUCCCCUGAGCCAUGCUGACACCAGCCUGUUUCAUGCGUGCUGCACCUGAGCUGCGGAACUCCUUGCAGCAGGAGAAUUGGCCAGCCUUCUUUUCUAUGCUUUUUAGGCAUCAGAUAAAAAUUCUCCUGUCUUUUUUCUUUACACAUCCUUUUCUAGAGUAUCACCCUGCACCAGGGUAAUGUCACUUGCUUUUUCUGCUUUUAAAGAUUCUGUUGAUGUUGAAGUGCCUUUUGCCUGUUUUUGCUUUGAAGUUUGUAAAAAUGCCCUGCAGCUUCUGUCUGAGAGUAGAAAGAUGGGAUUUUUAAAAAGUGUCAAUAAAU